GGCCCGGCAGCCGCCGAAGGGGGGCGGCGGCGGCGGCUCCCGCUGCUCCGCGGCCCCGCACCGGCAGCGGUAGAUCUUGGAUUCUGAACUUGAAGCAGUUCUUCAAGAUUAUAUGCUUCUUGAAACUGGGAAAGUAUCUGCAAUAAAUAGGAUUGGCCAUGAGAAUUUGUAGAGUUUGAAAUUUGGAAGUUUGGAAAUACUGUGAUGGGGCCACUGAGAAGUUACCUUCCUGUGUACAGACUUCAUUAAAAGCAUCCACUUCAAGAAACUACAACUGUGUUUAUUCAAGCUUUGAAUUUGGAAGUCGUGCCGGGAUCCCUGCCACAGCACGCUUGAACCGUGAAACCCAGAGCCUAAUGAGCUGUGUGAGGGCCCUGUGCUUGGUGAUGUCCCAUCUCAAGAUGCUGCUAAUACAGUAGCUAAUUAUUCCUAACUGAAGAAGUCAAAGAGAAGAAAAAGGAUCCAGGGAAAAGCAAUGGCUGCCGCAGCUGAUGGUUUGGGAAGUAUAGCUAUAGAUACCACGCAGCUUAACAUGUCAGUCACUGAUCCCACAGCUUGGGCUACAGCUAUGAAUAAUUUGGGAAUGGUUCCAGUAGGACUAGCAGGACAGCAGCUUGUGACAGCACUGCCAGAGGAAAAUUCAGAGAGCUGUACCUUAUUGAAACCUGCCAUCUUUGCUCUGGAUUCAAUCUGUGUACCAGGCUUUGAUCCAAGCCUUAGCAUGAUGACUGGAAUCACUCCAAUUAACCCAAUGAUACCAGGCAUGGGGUUAGUGCCACCACCACCACCAACAGAUGUGCCUGUAGUCAAAGAAAUAAUUCACUGCAAAAGCUGCACACUCUUUCCUCCAAACCCAAAUCUUCCACCACCUUCAACAAGAGAGAGACCUCCUGGGUGUAAAACAGUGUUUGUUGGAGGAUUACCAGAAAACGCAACGGAGGAAAUUAUUCAGGAAGUCUUUGAGCAGUGUGGAGAUAUAACGGCAAUUCGGAAAAGCAAGAAGAAUUUUUGUCACAUCCGUUUUGCAGAGGAGUUCAUGGUUGAUAAAGCCAUUUACCUUUCUGGUUACCGCAUGAGAUUAGGAUCUAGCACAGACAAAAAGGAUUCAGGUCGCCUUCAUGUUGAUUUUGCUCAGGCAAGAGAUGACUUUUAUGAAUGGGAAUGCAAACAAAGAAUGCUGGCCAGAGAAGAACGCCACAGACGUAAAAUGGAAGAAGACAGACUGCGCCCUCCUUCACCUCCGGCAAUAAUGCAUUAUUCUGAACACGAAGCUGCUUUGCUGGCUGAAAAAUUGAAAGAUGAUAGCAAGUUUUCCGAGGCCAUCACGGUGCUGCUCACCUGGAUUGAGCGAGGCGAGGUGAAUCGUCGCUCUGCCAACCAGUUCUACUCCAUGGUGCAGUCGGCCAACAGCCACGUCCGCCAGCUCAUGAACGAGAAGGCGGCUCACGAGCAAGAAAUGGAGCAAGCCAAGGAGAGUUUCAAAAAUGCCUUAACAGGGAUCCUCACUCAAUUUGAGCAGAUUGUCGCCGUUUUCAACGCUUCUACCAGACAAAAAGCUUGGGACCAUUUCUCGAAAGCCCAGCGAAAGAACAUAGACAUUUGGCGAAAGCAUUCUGAGGAGCUCCGAAAUGCUCACAGUGAACAGCUCAUGGGAAUCCGCCGGGAAGAGGAGAUGGAAAUGUCCGAUGAUGACAGUGGUGACAAUCCCACUAAAAAGCUGAGGGUAGAUGAUUCAGCCCUAGCCGCCCAAGCAUAUGCGCUAAAGGAGGAGAAUGAUAGUCUCCGAUGGCAGCUGGAUGCUUACAGGAAUGAAGUGGAGCUCCUUAAGCAGGAGAAAGGACAGCUCUUUCGAACAGAGGAAAGCCUUACGAAGGACCAGCAGCUGCAGUUCCUACAGCAGACAAUGCAAGGCAUGCAGCAGCAAUUGCUGAGCAUACAGGAGGAAUUAAAUAACAAAAAGUCUGAACUGGAGCAAGCCAAGGAAGAGCAAACGCAUACACAAGCAAUGCUCAAAGUCCUGCAGGAACAGUUAAAAAGCGCCAAGGAAUUAGCAGAAAUCAAUGGGCAUGAUGAAUCUCAAGCAAAUGAAAUCAAUGUAUUGACAGUAGCAUUGGUCAACCAGGACAGAGAAAAAAACUCAGAGAAACGAAGCCCAGGUCUAAAAUCAGAGAAAGAGGCACUAUUAAUAGGUAUCAUAUCCACAUUUCUUCACGUCCACCCUUUUGGAGCCAAUAUAGAGUAUCUUUGGUCUUAUAUGCAGCAGUUGGACUCUAGGAUCUCUGCAAAUGAGAUAGAAAUGCUUUUGAUGAGACUGCCACGCAUGUUUAAACAAGAAUUCACUGGUGUAGGAGCAACACUGGAAAAGAGGUGGAAGUUUUGUGCCUUUGAAGGAAUUAAAACUGUCUGACUGUGACUAGUAAUGAAGCUAUGCAGAAGAAGAAUUCCUAGAGCAUGGCAGGGUUAUAAAGUAUUAAAGUAAGAAAUUUGGGUUUGGGCACAUAGUAGUAUGUUUUCAAAGUUAUCCAAGCCUAAUUUUAGUUACAUUUGUGACGUUCUCUUGUGAGUGGAAAUGUAGUUGUGCACCAGUUCCUAAAAUAAAAUAAAAUUUCAAAAAAAGUUUCAAAAUGUGACAGAUUGUUUCCUAUGAAAACUGAAGAAAGAUACCACAGUCAUAAUGAUUUCAAAAUACUACAUGUCCUACAUCUAAGAAAAGCUCAUUGAGCAAACAGUUAAGGAGAAAGAUUGCUGGUUAUGGUCGCUAAGCUACAGCGAUCUAUAUGUGAUAUGUAAUAGAACUCAUUAAGUUUUGUUAUAGAAAGUUCUUUCUGUUUAGUAAGAGAAUUGACUGAUUUUACAGUGAGGAAAAGCAUACCAAAAGAAAACUUGAAGAUGUGUCUGAGGUUAUUGUAUUUUGUAAAUUAAGUUAUAUGCUGUACCAGGGAUUUUUGCCUUAUUGAAAGAGGCCUGAAAAUGUGAUUGGAGUCCUCAAGAAUGCUUUAUCAAGAAUAUUAUUUUUCUAAUGUAACUAUUCUCCAUUACAAGUUCUUUUAACAUGGAUUGCAUAUCAAUUUUCAUAAACAUGUAAAUAAGGAAGAAACCAGUGUUACUGUAUUGUAUUUGGUAUGUAACAUUCAGGUUUAUGCAUCAAAAUAAAUAUUCAGUUGCAUUACUGUUACAAAUUUUAUAGCAGAUAUAUUAAUUUUUAUCAAUAAAUAUGACUUCUACCA